UCCUCGCCGGCGCAGGCGGCAGCGCGGGAGCCGGUCCGCGGCGGGAGGAUGUCGUACAUGCUGCCGCACCUGCACAACGGCUGGCAGGUGGACCAGGCCAUCCUGUCGGAGGAGGACCGCGUGGUGGUCAUCCGCUUCGGCCACGACUGGGACCCCACGUGCAUGAAGAUGGACGAGGUGCUCUACAGCAUCGCCGAGAAGGUCAAGAACUUCGCGGUCAUUUACCUGGUGGACAUCACGGAGGUGCCCGACUUCAACAAGAUGUACGAGCUGUACGAUCCCUGCACCGUCAUGUUCUUCUUCAGGAACAAGCACAUCAUGAUCGACUUGGGCACCGGCAACAACAACAAGAUCAACUGGGCCAUGGAGGACAAGCAGGAGAUGAUCGACAUUAUCGAGACUGUGUACCGGGGCGCCCGCAAGGGCCGCGGGCUGGUGGUGUCCCCCAAGGACUACUCCACCAAGUACCGGUACUGAGCCCGCGCGGUUGGCCUGGCUGGGUGCUUGUCCUGACACCCCUGUAAAUACUCUCAGAAAUAAAGGACACCCUGAUGGGGCCGCCGCCCAUGUGCUGGGGCCUCCUUCCUGCCC